AUGGAUCGCAGGCAGCAAGCACCUGAUACAGUUGUACUGUUGCAGCCUCAGCCUCCACCUGCAUAUUAUCCACCCAAUCUAGUCCAGCAGGGCCCCUACAAUCAAGGGCCACAUCCAGGACAAGCAGUCGUCUCAGUGCAGACUGUGCCUGCCGCACCAGUGCCGGAUUACUUGUUUUACUCCAUCUUCACCAUGCUUUGCUGCCACUUAAGUUUUCUGGGCAUCGCAGCGCUGGUAUUUUCCCUCUCUACUCGAAAUGCCAACGAUGCUGGACACAGAGCAUUAGCAGAGAGGAACUCCAAAACGGCACGCACCCUGAAUAAUAUCGCCUGUGGUCUUGGCAUUGUUUUUAUUGUAUUUGCUGUCGGUCUGUUGAUGUUACUUGAAAGCCAACAAAUGUAUAUUCAUAACUGAGCUCCUGUCUUAGCUGAUUGCUGGUCAUAGACAAAUUUGGUUCUCUUCAUUUUAAAUGUUAAUAUGUCAAGAUUCACUCAGAUAAAACACAUGUUUUAAGGUGGAUUGUUGAGCAUUUACAACAAAUAAAAGCUUAAACUGUCCAAGUGCAAUUUAAGUGAAUAACCCUUCAGCAAUAUACAGCUUCUGUUCUCUUUAUUUCUAGGUUUUGUUCAGACCUUUUGUUUAAGCAUGUUUAAGUUUUUUUCUUCUCAAGGGGCAACCUCCCGCUCUCUCUUGUGCAGCCAAUAUGGAAGUAACUGAGUAACUGCGAUUCAUCGACUUGUGUUUUGGGGCUGACUCCAGGAACU